AUGGCAAAAGAUGAUAAAAAAUCAAAUUCAAAACCACAAAUCAGUGAAUUAAUGAAAAAGCUAUUAGAGCCACAAGAGGUUGUAAUUUCAAGAUAUAGAGACGGUGAAGGUAUCCCAAGAAUAGAGGAGUUCAAAGAAGCUGUUAGAAGAGGUUUCUUUUUAAUUAAAUUCCCAAAUACAUUUGGUGGUUCCGAGAUUGGUGUUUCAUUAAAAGGUUUACCAAAAGAAUAUACUUUAAAUAAUUUAACUAGUGAAUGGUCCCCAGAUGGUUCAACUGUUAAAAUCCUUGGUAAAGUCGAAUUUCAAUCAAUCCCAACAAGAUUCAGAGCUCAAUUUAGAUUAAGCUCGCUUGAAGGUGUUGGUAAUUUAGAGUUACUUUAA